AUGAAUUCCCUCCUCAUCGUUCUCCUCGGUGCCUCUGUUUUCUACUGUGCGAAUGCACAGUAUGGAGGACAGGCUUACUCACCACCGGCCUACUCGCCACCAGUCUACGCCGCACCACCACAACAGUAUUAUCCUCCACCACCACAGCCGAUGAAUGAUAACUACGUUUGCUCCAUCCAAGCCAACUACCCACUCUUCGGACAGCAUGGAAAACAUCAUCGCCCGACGACCAACUUCUGUCAGGACGCCUACAAGAGCGACUCGUGCGACAGAUGCUGUAAGAUUGCUGCCAGAAUUCAGGGAACUACGAUUAAGGAGGAAUCCAUCGUCGGCUUCAACAUGAUCCUUGAAAAACAGCCAUUCUGCGUCUGCUGCUCGCCAACUUCCAGCUCGCCAACUUCCAACUAUUGA